CGCAGCUCCAGACAGCUGCUGUAGAGGCAAGCUGACAUGGAUCCUACCGCUGGCAUCAACCGUUGCUGAAAAUUUCAAGCAUCUCCCCGAGAGGAGCCGAAACCAGGAGCACAAGGGUGGACCGAGAACUUAUUGCAUGAGCGCCCUCAUGUAAUAACCGUUUUACAGCAAUGUCCAAGACCCUGAAAAAGAAGAACCACUGGACCAACAAAGUCCACGAGACUGUCAUUUGCAGGAAUAAAGAAGGCGAGCUGGGGUUCGAGCUGAAAGGAGGCGCCGAAAAUGGGCAGUUCCCCCAUCUCGGGGAGGUGAAGCAAGGCAAGGUGGCCUGCCAAAGCGGCAAGCUGUCCCAGGACGAGCUUCUUCUGGAGGUCAACGACACGCCGGUGGCCGGACUGACCAUUAGGGAUGUGUUGGCUGUCAUCAGACACUGCAAGGACCCCGUCCGGCUCAAGUGUGUAAAACAAGGGGGAGUUGUUGACAAAGACCUUCGCCACUACCUCAACCUCCGGUUCCAGAAGGGCUCGGUGGAUCACGAGCUCCAGCAGAUCAUCCGGGAUAACCUCUACCUCCGGACCGUGCCCUGCACAACGAGGCAGCCCAAGGAAGGGGAGGUCCCAGGGGUGGACUACAACUUUGUGACUGUUGACCGCUUUAUGGAACUGGAGAAAAGUGGAGCUUUACUAGAGAGUGGAACAUAUGAAGAUAACUAUUACGGCACGCCCAAGCCUCCUGCAGAGCCCACACCACUGCUGCUAAAUGUAGCGGAGCAGCUCCUGCCCGGCGCCCGACCCAGCUCCGAGGGGAAGAGGAAACGCAACAAGUCCGUCAGCAACAUGGAGAGGGCCAGCAUCGAGCCCCCCGAGGAGGAGGAGGAGGAGAGGCCCGUCGUCAACGGCAACGGCGUCGCCAUCACCCCAGAGUCCAGCGAGCAGGAAGACAAAAGCACCGACGCCUCGGGCGAAAUCGCCCCCCAGCCCUGCCCGGCCGAAACCGCCACCUUCACCCCCACAGAGGCCGCCAACGAGGAGGGGGAGCCCCCGAAAUCGCCCCCUAAACCUGAGGAGAACGAUGAACUGGGACCACUGCCAGACAACUGGGAGAUGGCCUACACCGAAAAGGGAGAGGUUUACUUCAUCGAUCACAAUACCAAGACGACGUCGUGGCUGGACCCGAGGCUUGCGAAGAAGGCAAAGCCCCCAGAAGAAUGCAAAGAGGAUGAGCUUCCGUACGGUUGGGAGAAAAUCGAUGACCCAAUAUACGGCAGUUACUAUGUGGACCACAUAAACCGGAGGACCCAGUUUGAGAAUCCCGUCCUGGAGGCGAAGAGGAGACUCCAGCAGCAACAGCAAAUGCAGAGCCAAGGCUUGUCCUCGCUGCCCCUCCCCACCAUCUACAGAGAGAAGCCCCUCUUCACUCGGGACGCCACGCAGCUGAAGGGGACCUUCCUCUCCACCACCCUGCAGAAGAGCAACAUGGGCUUUGGCUUCACCAUCAUCGGGGGGGACGAGCCCGACGAGUUCCUGCAGGUGAAGAGCGUCAUCCCCGACGGCCCCGCGGCACAGGACGGGAAGAUGGACACGGGUGAUGUCAUCGUCUACAUCAACGACGUCUGCGUCCUGGGCACCACUCACGCCGACGUGGUCAAGCUCUUCCAGUCGGUGCCGAUCGGGCAGAGCGUGACGCUGGUGCUGUGCCGCGGCUACCCGCUGCCCUACGACCCCGAGGAUCCGGGCAGCAGUGUGAUCUCGCCGCUUGGCGUGAUGGAGCGGGCCGGCCUGGCCAACGGGCGUGGCGGCUACGACAGCUACAUGGAGUACAUGUCGCGGACGGCGCGCUUCGUGCAGGACCGCGGCGACCCGCUCCUCCCCCAGGGGGCGCUGCAGGGCCUCCCAGGCGACACCCACCUGGAUGGCUCUCUGCCGGCCGGCGCCGCCGCACCACACGAGGACAGCGUCUCCAUGGCGUCGUCGGGGGCGACGCAGGCGGAGCUGCUGACGCUCACCAUGGUGAAGGGGGCGGACGGCUUCGGCUUCACCAUUGCCGACAGCCCCACGGGGCAGCGGGUCAAGGAGGUGCUGGAGCCGCAGGGCUGCCCGGGCCUGUGCGAGGGCGACCUCAUCAUGGAGAUCAACCAGCAGAGCGCUCAGGGCCUCAGCCACACCCAGGUGGUGGACCUCCUCAAGGAGUGCGCUGUCGGGGCCGAGACCGCCCUCAUCAUCCAGAGAGGAGCAGCAGGUCAGUUUUCACCCUGGAAGACCCCUAAACAGGUGCUGGAGCAGUGGGACCUCCAGGGCAGCCCCCAGACCAGCCUGUCUGCUCCUGUCCUGCCCCACAGCGCCCCCUACCCAACCCACCACCUGCACAGGGCCUCUGUCCCAGACUCUGCUGAGGGCUUUGAUCUGAGCAGGCCCGACCCCUAUGAUCUCUAUGAGAAGUCCAGGGCUAUCUAUGAGAGUAGGCAGCCGGGCCCGCCAAGGAUGAGCUUUCGGAUGGACUCCUCCGGCAUGGAGUACCAGGAGCUGGACGUCCAUCUGCGCAGACAAAAGUCCGGCUUCGGGUUUCGCAUCCUGGGGGGAGACGAGGCGGGACAGCCCAUCCUGAUUGGAGCGAUCAUCGAGAAGAGUCCAGCAGACCGGGACGGGCGCCUUCGACCCGGGGACGAGCUGGUGUCAGUGGACGGGGUGCCUGUAGCGGGGAAGACGCACAGAUACGUCAUCGACCUGAUGCACGCCGCCGCCCGUAACGGACAGGUCCACAUGACCGUGAGGAGGAGGGUCCAGCCGCCAGGUGAGCCCUGUCCGCAGAAUGGGCGGAGCCCUGGGUCAGUAUCCACGCAGCACAGCUCCCCUAGGAGUGACUUUGCCGCGGGCGCUUGUCCCAGCAACUCCGGCAGCGCCCCACCCCCCACUUCAGGCUCCUCCCCCCCGGAGGGACCGGCGUCCCACAGCUUGCAGACCAGUGACGUCGUCAUCCACCGGAAGGAGAACGAGGGGUUUGGAUUCGUCAUCAUCAGCUCGCUAAACCGACCAGAGACCAGCGCCACAAUCACUGUGCCCCAUAAGAUCGGCCGCAUCAUCGAGGGCAGCCCAGCCGACCGCUGCGGUAAGCUGAAGGUUGGCGACCGCAUCCUGGCAGUGAACAGCCAGUCCAUCAUCAGCAUGCCCCACGCCGACAUCGUCAAGCUCAUCAAGGACGCGGGACUCAGCGUCACCCUGCGCAUCAUCCCCCAGGAAGAGUUGAACAGCCCUCCGUCAGCAACCAGCUCAGAGAAGCAGAGCCCCAUGACCCAGCAGCGUAGCCCGGUAGCACAGCCCAGCCCAGCGACCCAGCCCAGCGCAGUGACCCAGCCAAGCCCAGUGACCCAACCCAGCCCAGUGACUCAGCCCAGCACAGUCCCCCAGCCCAGUCCGGUGACCCCACCCACCGCAGUGGCCCAGCCUGGCCCAGUAGCCCAGCAGAGUCCGGUCACCCAGGUUGCCCCAGCACCGGCUCCGGCACCCCAGCUUUACAGUCAUGACAGCAGCUACAGGUCCGAGGUAAAAGCCAGGCAGGAUGUGAAACCGGACAUUCGACAGCCUCCGUUCACGGAUUACCGGCAGCCCCCGGUGGACUACAGACACCCUCCCAUAGCAGACUACCGGCAGCCCCCUACACUGGACUACCGGCACCCCCCUCUGUUGGACUACAGGCAACACUCCCCCGAUGCACGGCAGUUCCCAAUCCCAGAUUACAGGCCACCACAGGAUUUUGACUACUUCACAGUGGAGCUGGAGCGCAGCGUGAAGGGCUUUGGCUUCAGCAUCCGCGGGGGCAGGGAGUACAAGAUGGACCUGUUCAUCCUGCGGCUCGCCGAGGACGGCCCGGCCAUCCGCAAUGGCAGGAUGCGGGUGGGGGACCAGAUCAUUGAGAUCAACGGCGAGAGCACGCGGGACAUGACUCACGGCCGUGCCAUCGAACUCAUCAAAUCCGGAGGGCGCAGGGUGCGUCUGCUGCUGAAGAGGGGCACGGGCCAGGUUCCUGAGUAUGACAGUGCCGCCUCCUGGGAUGCUGUCCCUGCAGCCUCCCCAAGCCUGUCGGAAGUAGUCCCGCCCCUGGACGCUCUUCUGACCAUGCCAUUGGCUCCAUCUCACCUGGCCCUGCCCCCCGACCCCCCUCACCUGCUCCCCCUGGAGGCGGGGCAAGAGAGCGGGGCAGAGCACUCCCGGAGCCCCGGGAAGGAGGGGGCGGGCUUGGGGAGGCGACUGGGGGGGUGCAUCAGGUGGGGCGCACACACAGAGGGUGGCAGGUCCACCCCCCAGGGCGGCGGCGUUAAGGGACGGGGGGUUCCAGAGGGUCCCGGGGAGCCUGUUCCCCCGAAACCCCCCGCGGGACGAUCCAAAGAGGGCACAGGGGGAGAGAACAGCACCACCGCCAGGGAGAUGCGGGAAUUGACAUACCACCCGAGAGGCAGCGAGUUCUCCACCACAGAUGUGAACGUGAACGGAGGCGCCCAGAGCAACGGCAACACCCCCGAGGGCAACGGUGGCCACCGGGGGGUGCCAGGCCGCCCCAGUCACACCACCAAGAGCACCAGCAGCGGCGGCGGCAGUGGAGGAGUGGCGAGCAGGAAGGCCACGGUCUCCCCCGGCCCGUGGAAGAUUCCAGGCUCCGACAAGCUGCCCAGCUCGCUGCGGUCGGGGGCCUCCACCGUCAGCAGAUAACGCCUCAGAGCCCACUCCAUCUCACCCCACUCCACAGCACCCGCCACCACCAGACGCAAAGCCGGAGUACUUCGCAUGGAUUCGGGGAAGAAGGAAAAAACAAAUUUAUCAAAAAAUGUCAUUUUUUUAAUUUAUAUUGUAUCCUAAAUUAUUUUCAGAUAUUACACCCACCACCUUAAAAACUGGAAGCAUCCACUUUGAAAACAAAGGAAAAAAAAACAGAAUGUGUGUAGCACGAUGGGGGUCUUGGGGGUCUUGUUAUCGGGAACACUGUUAAGCCCUCCCACUCACUACAGACUGCUUCGACAGCCAAUCAUCAACCAGACAGCGACCAGUCGGCAUACAACACCCAUUCAUCACUGACUCCAAACCGAGACUGGGCGUCAAAAGUAAUUUUUAUAUAAUGGAAUCUAUUUUAUCAAGAUGGGAAUUAAAAGGUUUGCCUGACAGUAGCUUUUCUGUGUGAAAGUGAGUGGAAAAAAAAAACAAACUGUAUACUGAGAGAAUUUUCAUCAGCGAACUCUGCCUUAACUAAAACUGUACAGAGAUAGCACUGA